GCUUGGAGGGAUUGAGGUGGGGCUGGGAAUAGUUAAGGACUGAGAGCAGGGGUGGCUUAAGACGUUGCUUUACUGCAGAACCAGAAGGCCUCCAGGCAUUCCAUUUGGAUCUUCCAGUAGGUUCCAGCUUUCCCCUUCCGAGCCAGGUGUGGAAUUUCCCCAGCACUCGGAAUGAAAGGACAGCGUAUGUGGGGCGGGGCUAGCGAAAGUACGGUCUCAGUCAUUGGCUCGCAGACACUCGUGGCUGUCAACACGUUUCUACGUCAUAUCCGGGAAAAGUAGCCCUAGGAUCCUUUCGGAGCAGUCUCCGGACCCUCUUCCGGGUUUCCAGUACUUCCUCCAGGCCCGCUUGGGUGAUAGGGGCACACUACCUUCAUGGCUCUGCCACCCUUCCCCGGCCGCUUUGCCCCUGCCUGCCCAGUGCCACCGCCACCUCCGCCGCCUCCUCCCCCUCCUCCGUUCCGCUGCCUUCCUUUCGGGCCGCCACCGCCUCCCCAGGCCUUUCCGCCUCCACCGUUACCCCCGCGGUUGGGCCCGUUCCUGGGGACCUCGGGCCCUAGUGCGGCCCCCUUCCUGCCGCCUCCGAUCCCGCCACCCCCCAUCCCGCCGCCACCUCCUCCCCCGCAAUGCAGGCCCUUUCCGGGGCUUGAGGGUGGCGAGCGGCUUCAGCAACCUUCCCCGGCCCCGCCAUGGGUCCCUCGCUGGGCAGAUGCCCCGCCGCCGGACGGGCUUGGGGACACGACCCUGCAACGCCAGAGGGAUCGCCAGUGGUUGGAGGCCGUCUUCGCUGCCCCAAGGCGAGCGAACGGUCCUCCAGCUCCGGGGGCUGCGGGGGAGGCUGCGCCGACGGGUCUGAGCCUUGGCGAGCUCCGGGGGCGGCUUCGCGGAGCUCUGCGCCUGGUGAGCCGCUUACGCGGCCUCUGCCGGGCUCUGCGGGAGGCCGAGGCCGACGGGGAAGCCUGGGAGCGGUUGCACCAACAGACGGUCCCGCUGCGGGAGCAGCUGCUCCUAGACCUCGAGCCUCUGAAUCAGCCCGCCUACUUGGGCGCGGCGCGGAGGAAGCUGGAGCGCGUCCGCAAGCGGCGCCUGCGGCUUCGGGAAAGGGCCCGUGAGCGUGAGGCCGAACGAGAGGCUGCCCUGGCCCGAGCACACGAGAGAGAGGAGGAGAUAGACCGCUGGAGGAACAAGUGUGUGCAGGAAGUGGAGGAGAAGGCCCGGGAACAAGAACUCAAAGUUGCUGCCGAUGGUGUUUUAUCAGAAGUGAGGAAAAAGCAAGCAGAUACCAAGAGAAUGGUAGAUAUUCUUCGAGCCUUAGAAAAACUGAGGAAACUGAGAAAAGAGGCUGCAGCUAGGAAAGGUGUUUGUCCACCUGCCUCAGCAGAUGAAGCUUUUGAACAUCACGUAGAGAGACUGAGAAAAUUAAUUAAAAAACGUACUGAAUUGUAUGAAGCUGAAGAAAGGGCGUUGCGAGUCAUGUUAGAAGGAGAACAAGAAGAAGAGAGAAAAAGAGAAUUAGAAAGGAAACAGAAAAAAGAAAAAGAGAAGAUUUUACAUCAGAAACAAGAAAUUAAUUCUAAAUUAUUUGGGGAUCCAGAUGAGUUUCCACUUAGUCAUCUCCUACAACCUUUCCGGCAAUAUUAUCUACAAGCAGAACACUCCUUACCAGCUCUCAUUCAGAUCAGACAUGAAUGGGACCAGUAUCUGGCACCAUCAGAUCAUCCUGAAGCAACCUCAGUCCCCCAAGGAUGGGUCAUUCCUACAUUCCCCAGCAGUGACGCCUGGGCAGCUGCACUCAGACUGAAUCAGUGAAGAUGGUCUCUUGAACACUCUUGUUUCUCUACAGACUAAGCUCAUACGGAACUAAUGAGUUCUUUUGGGCAGCACUAAGGGAAAAUUGCAUUUUCCUAAGGCAUAGUCCUAUGCUAAAGGAAGCUUUUGAAUCAGUAGGCUAAUAUUGUACUUCAGGAAAGGCCAAAGGGAGGAGAUGAUGUAAACUGUGCUCUUGCUGAUUAUGAUGACCUUUGUUGUUGCACUUUUAAAUUUAAUUUGCCCCUGUUUUGAGAAGCUUGGUCAGAUGUAACUUCUCUUAUGCAAUGUGUGUGGGUAUGUUCAUAGGCAUAAUCAGAAAGUCCAGCUAUAUGUUGUUGGGAGCUCAUAUUUCAUGAAAAUGGAGGAUUCUGGAUGAAUGUUAAGGCCAGAUCUCUCAUUCUUUCCACCUAAAGUCAUCAUAAAUCCUACGUUAGUACCAAUGGUAUUUUUAAGCAAAAAUGACAUAGUGUUGUCUUAAUGUCUUUAGCUGAAAUGAGGACAGCACAUUUUAAAAAAUAUCAAAGCACCAAUGAGAACUGUCCUUAAGCUGCCUUCCUCUCGCCAAGCUUUCCCUCAACCAUAGUUUUGUAGCUUGUAUCCAUACUACAGGAGAUGUGUUGGUAAUUGCUGGUUCCAGCCUGGGUUAGGUUGCUGUGGCUUUUAGAUAUUGGUUAGAAACCUGGGCUUUGUUCUUCAGAAAACUUGAACAUGGUGUUUGAAUACCUCUUUCCACAGGUUGGAUGGAUCUGCCUUAACUAUAGAGCCGUGCCUCUGCUGCAGAUUGAAAGUUGUAACGUAAACGUUUCUGUAUAGAGGUUCGAAGGCUUAGCAUUUUCAUCGAUAAAGAUUCUAGUUUACCCUGGGAGCAGACUUCCUAACCUGAAUCCAUUACCCAUUGGAGGAAAUGUACAACUAUAUUAUAGGUUGGGUUUUAUGUUGUUUACCUUUUGCUAACUCAUCCAUUAUAGAUGUUCACAGUAAAAUUUAUUUUCGUCAAUGAAAUUCUGUUCUUGAAGAACUUCAGUACUGUAAAAUGAGUGUUUACACAUAACUUUAUGUCAGAUGGUGUAAAAUUAAUUUAUAUUUUUGUAAAGCCAA